UGAUCACCCACUACAGUGACUGAAGGUUCAAGUGCUUUUGUCGUAAAGCGCACAGAAAGGGUUUCUUCUCUUCCUACACUUUAUUUAGUCCUUAUUGGGAAUAAGCUAAACUGAUCUCAGGUCCUGUCAGCAGCAGCAGAUUCUCCUCCUCCUGCAGGGACCAUGAAAAUAGCAUCUUUUAACGUCCAGAAGUUUGGGAAAAACAAAGUCUCAGACCCAGAUGUCCUCAGUGUACUGACUAAGGUCGUGUCUCGAUAUGACAUCAUUCUGAUCCUGGAGGUGGUGGACAUCAAAGGAGAGGCUGUAAAAAUCUUGCUGGACGCCGUCAACAAAUCCAACAAGAGGCCCUACACUCUGACAAUCAGCAAACGUCUGGGCCGAACGGAAAAGUACCAGGAGCAGUUCAUGUUUCUGUACAGGGAAGACAUGGUUAAAUUGGUGGACACCUAUCAGUUUGAUGACCAAAAGACUGUGGGAACAGACGUUUUUGCUAGAGACCCCUACAUCCUGCGAUUCAAAUGCUUCAAUACAGUGCUGGAGGACUUAGUGAUGAUCCCUGUUCACACCAAACCAGAGGACUCUGUGAAGGAGCUGGAUGAGCUCUACGAUGUCUUCAUGGACGUCAAGAAGAAGUGGAAGACUGAUAACAUGAUGAUCCUGGGCGACUUCAAUGCGGACAGCUCGUACGUACCCAAGAAGAAAAUGAAGGGCAUUCGUAUCCGUAGUGACAAGAACUUCCACUGGCUGAUUGGAGAUGACAUCGACACCACAGCAAGCAACCAAAACGACAACACUUACGACAGGAUAGUGGUUUACGAAGAUGACAUGCUCCAGGCUGUAGUACCAAACUCUGCCAAACCCUUCAACUUCCAGAAGGCAUUUGGACUCACUGACGAGCAGGCUCUGAAAGUGAGCGACCAUUAUCCUGUGGAGGUGGAGCUGAAGUCCAGUAAGACACAAGCAGCAACAUCCGGGGCAGAAAAAUGAAGCCAAUGCGGACGUGCCAAAAAAGCGAGUCAAUCUCCAUUGUCCUCCAUGUUAAAAUGAACAACUUUACAGCAGAAAUAAACAUGUCGGCAGCCUGGUACAAGAAUCUGUUUUGGUCUAUAUAACUAAUUUCCCCAUUCAUGACAUCUGUGCCGAGUGUUGAGGUGCGUGGAGUAACGUUAGGAAAUAAAGUCUUGCUUGGAUUUCCU